UCCAAACGGGCCGGUAGUCUCCUCCCCUUCGUCUUCUCCAAGUACAAGUAUGGCUGUAGAUCUAUGGAAACAACUCAAAGAUUCAAUCACACCUCUCUCCGACAACAUAUUUUACUUUCUACUAUGUUGUCUCGGAGAUUUCUGGUUUACCUGAUCAUGAUCACUAUCACAGAUUUCGAGGAAGAGAUGCCACCAACAAUUCAACUUGGAGAGAAAUCUGAAGAGGAAUUGAUGGGUCUGAUUCAAAGAAGAUGGAAAUUAAGGGCUCAGAUCUAUCAUAUUUCUCAGAGCAGGUGGAUGACAUUUCCAUUCCAUUUGACCAAGAUUCUGUAUACAACUCUUACUCCUCAUCAAAGCACAAGUAACAUCCCACAAUUUUCACCCAAUACUUUUUGCGCACACUGAAGUGAAUAAACAAUCUUAAGGAACUUAGGAGAUUGAAGUUUUUAUGAUGUCAUUUCAAAAACAAGAAAAGAUUGAAGCUGUUGUGAUGGAAGAAGGAAAUUCUCCGGUAAGGGGAUGGGAGGACCUUAAUAUUGAUAUGCUGGUGAAUAUAUUCCAGUCCUUUGACCUUUUCCAGUUGAUCUUUGUAAAUCCUCAAGUUUGUCCUGCAUGGCAAUUGGCUUGUUCUGACCAACGUCUCUGGAAAACACUGGACUUGUCAGUAAUGCAGUCAAAUUUCAUCAAAACUCAAGCACCGCCAUAUGUAUUUGUCGACACUCCAUCUCGUGAAAAAUUGACCCGCAUCCUAAAGAUCUGCUUGAACCUUAGUCGUGGAAACCUAUUGACCUUGAUCUUCCAUUAUAAUUUGUAUGUUGACAACAAUCAACUGACUUAUACAGCCAAGAGGUGUCCACGGCUUAAACGCCUUGUUAUGCCUGCUUGGGAAAAACUAGAGAAACGAACAAUAUGCAGUGCUUUUCAGGAAUGGAAAGAUCUUGAAUCACUGACGAUGCCUAGUUUAGAAGAACCUGCAUAUGUCAUUGAGAAAAUUGGAAGGAGUUGCAAAAAAAUUUCUGAGCUAAAGAUUAUGGACCCCUGCGAUGUACUGCUUGCAUCUGCACUGGUUGCAUUUCUUCCAAACUUGAAAGUGUUGAGUGUGAGGUGUACGGAGUUACCUAAAUAUGCUUUGGUUAUUCUCUUGGAGGGGUUAAAAAAGUUGAAAGUGCUCAACAUAUCGCAUUGCAUAAUUACUGAAGACCUUCCUCCACCUGCACCGAUGAAAAUUCUAACCGAGCUUGAUGAAUCCAUUCUCAAAAAAGCAUCUAGGUUGGACAAAUUUCUAACCUGUAUGAGUGGCUCGUGCAUCAUGUGUCAGCGCACUCGAAAUGAUGAAGGGUCCUUGAGGUGGUAUAAGUAUGCAGACCUCUGGAAAGUGGAUGAGGUGACGUCUCUUGCAAUUUGAAAACUUUAAGAAUGUUUUGUAAACUUAAAAACCUUGUAAUGCUGCUUCUGUGUUGUACGUUUAUUCUCUUUGACUGGGAGGUUUUCAUGUUCUUCGUGUUUCUAUGAUCUUUUAUGCUUGUUGUUUCUCAUUAUC